UGUGGAGAAGCCUGCGGAUCUUUCUCAAGACAGGUUAUUUCUCAGUGAGUCUCGAAGAGACUCCGGCCGAGGACUCAUUCCUUCAUCCUUUCUUCCGGCUUGUGUAACUUCAUCCCCCCUUCCCUGGGCUGCGUACAGGCGCCCAAGAUGGCGGGCGGCUCGGGGCAGUAGGAGGCGUCGGAGGCGAAGCGUGUCCCGCGUUGGUCUCUGGGGAGGCUCGCCGGCCGGGCCGGUCCUUCCCCGCCAUGAGCAACAUCUACAUCCAGGAGCCGCCCACCAACGGGAAGGUUUUGCUGAGAACUACAGCAGGAGAGAUAGAUAUAGAAUUAUGGUCAAAAGAAGCACCAAAAGCAUGCAGAAAUUUCAUCCAGCUAUGUAUGGAAGAGUAUUACAAUAACACAAUAUUUCACAGAGUAGUGCCUGGCUUUAUUGUUCAAGGGGGUGACCCCACUGGUACUGGAUCAGGAGGAGAGUCAGUCUAUGGAGCUCCUUUCAAGGAUGAGUUCCACUCACGAUUGCGAUUUAAUCGAAGAGGACUUGUUGCUAUGGCAAAUGCUGGGCCCCAUGAUAACGGGAGUCAGUUUUUCUUUACAUUGGGUCGUGCAGAUGAGCUUAACAACAAGCACACAAUCUUUGGAAAGGUUACAGGGGAUACGAUAUAUAACAUGUUGCGCCUGGCUGAAGUAGAAGUUGACAAGGAAGAGAGACCUCUCAGUCCACACAAAAUAAGAAGCAGUGAGGUUUUGUUUAAUCCUUUUGAUGACAUUGUCCCACGACCAAACAGAAAACUGAAGAAAGACAAACCAGAAGAAGACAGUAAAAAGUCCAAAGUAAAAGGCACAAAAAACUUCAACCUGCUUUCCUUUGGGGAAGAAGCUGAAGAAGAAGAGGAAGAAGUCAGUAGAGUUAGUCAGAGCAUGAAGGGAAAAAGUAAAAGUAGUCAUGAUCUCCUGAAGGAUGAUCCACAUCUUAGCUCAGUUCCUGCUGUCAAAAGUGAAGUGGCAGAUGAAGAAAAGGAUUUGAGUGAGGAUGAAGAGGAAUAUGAUGAAGAUGCUGAUAGUGUAGAAGAUGAAGCUGCUAGUCAUGAGAGAUUUCAAAUAAAGGAACGCAUUGCCAAGAAACUGAAAAUUGAUACAAGUGAAAAUACUAAACAGCAACUUCAAGAGGAAGAAACCAAGACAGAAAGGAAAACAACUAGUCGCAGUGAGGAGCUACGGAAGGAAGCCCGACAGCUGAAACGAGAAUUGCUGGAAGCAAAGCACAAAAAAGAAGAAAGAGCUUUAAGACUCAAAGACAAAGAAGAGGAGGAACCUGCUCCAAACAGUGUUGUUGAAGAAUACCUUCAGGAGAAGAGAAAAUACGAAGACAAGCGAAAGCAGCAGCCAAAGAAAGGAGUUUCCCGUGAAGAUCAGACACUGGCAUUGUUAGACCGAUUCAAAACAAAGUUAACCCAGGCAAUUGAAGAAACUCCUGAAAAUGAGCUUUCUGAACCUGAUGUAGAUAAUGACGAAGGAUGGAUGUCGCAUGUGCUUCAGUUUGAAGACAGAAGCAGAAAGGUGAAAGAUGCAAGCAUGCAGGAUGAAGAUACUUUUGAGAUCUAUGAUCCACGGAAUCCUGUAACUAAGAGGAGAAGAGAAGAAAGCAAGAAGAUAAUGAGAGAAAAAAAAGAAAGGAGAUAAAAGGAGUGUAAAGUUAGCCAGAGCUGCCUUGGAAAGUGACUGCAAUAAAGCACUGGCUCUUUUGUAAGCUGAUCCUAAAAAUACCACUGGACAAGUGUGAAAAGGAAUCUCUCGAGAACCUGUCGUGCAGUUUUGAGGCAGAGAUGUCAUUUGUUUCUUAAGCUGUGCAGUCAAAUGCUCUCACUGCAUUCAUUAUCCAACCUCUCUAAAGGUUUUUAGAAUGAUGUAUUUAAUAAAACAGCUGACUUGA